GAAAAAGAAAGAAGAAGAACUUCUUUCACAGAAAUUACGGAAUAUAGCAAAAUGGCAGAGUUUCUAUCAAUCGUGGGAUGGAUACUUAGUCUCCAAGGAAGGAGAAUCUUCCGGCUGAUUUGCUUCCGAAUAAGCAAAGAUAUGCAUGCACUCUCUCUCUCAAAUUUUAGCACAUAUAUGAACCGUUCAGAAAGUAUAGGAGGGAGGGGUUUAGAUACAUAGAUAUAGAUACAUGGCGUCUGUUCUGAUAUCUGCUGCGGCGGCGGUGCUCUUCCUCACCAUCCCAGUUUCCCUCUCCAUUCCUUUCUUACUCUUUCACGGUGUGAACGAUGAAUGCCCCGAUGACAAGGGGAGCUUCACAGAGCUCCUGAGGAAUCUCUCGGGCUCUCCUGGAUAUUGCGUGGAAAUCGGGAACGGGAAAGACGAUUCGUGGUCGAUGCCGCUGACUGAACAGGCAACCCUCGCCUGCCAAACCGUGAAGCAGAUGAAAGAACUGAGUCAGGGUUACAACAUUGUCGCCCAGUCGCAGGGAAACAUGGUAGCUCGAGGCCUUAUAGAGUUUUGUGAGGGUGGUCCACCGGUUAGGAACUACGUGUCGCUUGGAGGGCCUCAUGCUGGUGUCUCAUCCAUCCCUAACUGUCCCUCCGCUUUAAUCUGCAAACUUGCAGAAAAAUCGGUCUACGCCGACAAUGUUCAAAAUACGUUAGCUCCCAGCAAUUACGUCAAAAUACCAACUGAUAUAGCCAACUACUUGGAGCACUCCCGCUAUCUGCCUCUUCUUAACAACGAGAAGCCCGAUGAGAAGAACCCCUCCUUUAAAGACCGUUUCAGCAGCCUCCAGAACCUGGCCCUCCUCAUGUUUGAGGAAGAUACGGUGUUGAUCCCCAAAGAAACCGCAUGGUUUGGAUAUUACCCAGAUGGUGACUCCCAGACUCUUCAGUCUCCUCAACAGACAAAGCUGUACACAGAAGACUGGAUCGGCCUGAAAACACUGGACACUGCCGGAAAAGUGAAGUUCAUAAGCGUAGCUGGAAAGCAUCUCCAACUGUCUCAUGACGACGUUGUCAAAUAUGUGGUGCCUUACCUUCAAGGCUCAUGAUGUUUUUUUAAUCAACUUAUUCUAGAUAUUUAUCUUUGGACUGUAACCUCAAGGACCUAACAAAAAGCCUUUCUCUAAGGGUCCCGUUUACAAAACGCACACAGUCGAUCACAAUUUCUUGUAGCUCAAGUAACCGAAAUAAAAAAAAA